AUGAUUCAGUCAAUUCAUGAGAGUCGUCUUGGGAUGAGUAGGCGAUCUAGUAAGGUUAGUAUUUCGUCGGCGUUUCCUAUCAAGCCUGAGCAGUUGGGGGAGUUACAUGAUCCCAAAUCACUUGCUGCGUUCGAUAGAGUAUUUGAUUCGAACGAGCAAGGUUUGUACAAGUUGUUGAAGACGGAUCAGGAUGCGGGGCUGACGCUGUACGAUGAGAAUGUGAAGGAUUCGGAACGUUAUCUGGUGUACGGGGACAACAGGAUCCCUGAGCGGAAGUCGAAAAGUUUUUUACAGCUUACCUGGGCGGCAUUCAAGGAUCAGACGAUGAUACUGCUGACUGUGGCGGCGGUUGUGUCGCUAGCGCUGGGUUUGUACGAGACCAUUGGGCAGCCGGUUGAGUACGACGACGAGGGGAACGAGAUGGCGAAGGUGGAUUGGGUGGAGGGUGUGGCUAUCAUGGUUGCGGUGUUGGUUGUGGUGAUUGUAGGGGCGGUGAACGAUUAUCAGAAGGAGCUGCAGUUUGCGAAGCUGAAUAGGAAGAAGGACGAUCGCGAUGUGAUCGUGAUCCGGAACGGAGAACAGCACGUGAUUUCGAUUCAUGAUCUUUUGGUUGGUGAUUUGAUCUGUUUACAGACCGGGGAUGUGGUACCGGCAGACUGCAUACUGGUGAAGGGGGCAUGUGAGUGCGACGAGUCUGCGCUGACGGGUGAGACUGAUACGAUCAAGAAAGUUGAGAUUAAUGUGGCGCUGCGGAAAUAUAAGGAAAUGGUGGCAUCAAACCCUGGAGUGGAUAUAGGUACUGUAUAUGGUGAUGAAGAAAAUGUGCCCGAUCCGAUGCUUCUAUCAGGUUCGAAGUUGUCUGGAUUGUGCCAGGCUAUUGUCACAUCAGUAGGUGUUAAUUCGGUGCAUGGAAAAACGAUGAUGGCAUUAAAGGUGGAAGUUGAAGAGACUCCUUUACAACAGAGAUUGGGUAAUCUUGCGGAGAACAUUUCGAUAUAUGGUUCGCUGGUGGCGCUAUUAUUGUUCAUCAUCUUGUUUGCCAGGUUCUUGUCGUAUUUGCCGGCAAACAAGAAGUACCAUGGCCUGAAGCCCGCUCAAAAGGGUUCCAAAUUCAUGGACAUCUUUAUUACCGCAGUAACGGUGAUUGUGGUUGCUGUACCUGAAGGUCUGCCGUUAGCAGUCACGUUAGCCUUAGCAUUUGCAACCACAAGGAUGACUAAAGACGGUAAUUUGGUUAGAGUUCUUCGUGCUUGUGAAACCAUGGGUUCUGCUACAGCUGUUUGCUCUGACAAAACGGGGACCCUAACACAGAAUAGAAUGACAGUUGUAAAAGGAAUACUGGGUGGUUCUCAUUUUGACGAUACAGUGGAUGCAGGCCACAAGGGUAUCAGGUCGGAAACGGUCUUUCACAAUGAUCUUUCAGAGGAACUUCGGAAUGAUGUCCUUUCAAAUAUAGCAUUAAAUUCAACCGCAUUCGAAAAUAAGGAGGUAACCCAGGAAACAGAGAUUAGCUGUAAUCCAUAUCAUAAGCCUAGAAGAGUUCUUUUCCCGUGGUCUAAAAAUAAGAAAGUCCAAGAACACGAAGAAAUUGCGAGUGCUUCAAAGUCUCAAAAGGAAUCAUUCAUUGGCUCUAAAACUGAAACUGCAUUGCUCACUAUCGCCAAAAAGUCACUAAAUAUGACUGAUUUGCAAAGUCUCCGUGAAGAAACUAUACAGUUGGGAGUAGAAUCGAUUGUACAGGUUAUUCCUUUCGAAAGUUCGCGGAAAUGGGGUGGGAUUAUCGUUAAAUUAGAUAACGGAAUUUUUAGGUUUUACAUCAAGGGUGCAGCAGAAGCGGUUUUAAGAAGAUGUCGCUAUAAAAGACUAUCUGACAACACAAUUAUAAAACUUUCACCUGAAGUCUACCCACAGGAUGAAAAUAUAAUAAGGAGUUUGGCUGCAGAUGCAUUGAGAACCAUCUCUCUGGCACACAUGGACUUUUCUAGUAGAUUGGCGUCAUGGCCACCAAAAGAGUUGGAAGAUCCAUCCAAUCCUUUAAUCGCCUCUCCAGAACUAUUAUUUGGUGAAGAACUCAAUCCAACUGGCUCUGAUAAACCAGAAAUUAUCACUAAUGACAAUAGUGGCCUUGUACUCGACGGUAUUGUCGGUAUUCAAGAUCCCUUGCGUGAGGGAGUCAAAGAAUCUGUAGAACAGUGUCAAAGAUCAGGUGUAACGGUUCGUAUGGUUACCGGUGACAAUAUAUUAACUGCAAAAUCAAUUGCCAGAAACUGUAGUAUCCUAUCCGAAGAACAAUAUCAAGACUCCACAUGUGCUAUGGAGGGUCCUGUUUUCCGUAAGCUGUCGAAAUCUGAGCAGGUUAAUAUUAUACCGAAACUGAGAGUUCUUGCUAGAUCCUCUCCGGAGGAUAAAAGAAUCUUGGUGGAGAAUUUGAAACAAAUGGGCGAAUUAGUUGCAGUGACUGGUGAUGGUACAAAUGAUGCGCCAGCUUUAAAAUUGGCUGAUGUUGGGUUUUCUAUGGGGAUUGCGGGAACAGAGGUCGCCAGAGAAGCUUCUGACAUUAUUUUAAUGACGGAUGAUUUCACUGCCAUCGUCAAUGCAAUAAAGUGGGGUAGAUGUGUCAGUAUUUCAAUUAAGAAGUUUCUUCAAUUUCAGCUUACUGUUAACAUAACUGCGGUUAUCCUAACAUUUGUUUCAGCAGUAGCCUCUUCUGAUGAAGAUGCAGUUCUAACGGCAGUGCAACUACUUUGGGUCAAUCUUAUUAUGGAUACGUUGGCCGCACUUGCUCUCGCAACUGAUAAGCCUGAUGACAACAUUUUAGAUAGGAAACCUAAUGGUAGAAAUACUCCUCUGGUUUCGGUUUCUACUUGGAAGAUGAUUCUUGGACAGGCAGCACUUCAAUUGGUAGUCACAUUUAUUUUGCACUUCUGUGGUAAAAAAAUAUUUUACCCCGGAAGAGAUAAGAUUUCUGGACAUGAAUCACAGAAGCUCAAUGCUCUAGUAUUCAAUACCUUCGUCUGGUUGCAAUUUUUCAAACUAUUGGUGUCCAGAAAACUGGACGAGGCAGAUGGAAUAUCUAAUUGGAGAGCUAGAAUCACCACUUCAAACCUAAAUUUUUUCCAAAACCUAUCUAGGAAUUACUAUUUCUUAGCUAUUAUUACUAUUAUUGGAAUGUGCCAAAUUCUGAUUAUGUUCGUUGGUGGUGCUGCUUUUUCAAUUGCGAGACAAACGGGAGCUAUGUGGGCCACCGCCAUUAUAUGUGGAAUGUUGUCCCUACCAGUUGGUGUGCUGAUCCGAAUCUGUCCAGACGAAUGGGUUAUUGCUAUAUUCCCAACCACCCUAUUCAACAUGCUCAAGUAUAUUGUCACCUUAAAAUUCUUAAAACGUCCUUUAAAGAAGGAACAGGAAUCAUUAUUAAUAGAAGGAGAACCUAACGGACACGACUUGUUGGGCUCUUCUGCAUUUGAAAGGGCUAAGCUAGAUGUCCUGAUCCACAAGGAACGUUUUAAGGACUACGAAGUUUCCUACCUCAACCCUGCCAGCAUUAUCAGGAAAUGGAGGUGCUCACAAGAUUUGAAUCCUUCUGAUGAUGAACAUUCACUUAUUGCUUCUUUGACUAUGGUUCCAACGUUAGUUGGUGGUGCAGUCGGUGGUUUUUCGCAUAUUACAAUCAAACCGUCGAAAGAAUUCGCACAAACCGUAGCUGUAAGUCCUUCUAGUGUUGGAAGCUCAAGCGCUACUGACGAUAUUGAGGAAAUAAAAUAA